GAACUUCAUUCAUAUUGAAUCUUCUCUUAUUUAUUAUUCUAUCACAUACAGAAGAUCUAAGCAAGAGUUUUCAAAAACACAAACUCUUCAAAAUGGCCAUCACAACUCCUUUCCAGACACAAUUUGCGGUACCCAUGACAUGCGAAGCAUGUGUAAAAGACAUCGAAGGAUCUCUAUUCAAACUAGGUGGAAUACAGAAAGUUGAAGCAAAUCUGAAGGAUCAGCUUGUUACUAUCGAAGGAACAACUGCGCCUUCGGAAAUCGUUAAGGCGAUUGAGGACACGGGGCGAGAUGCAAUUUUGAGGGGUUCGGGGGGGAGUGAUGGUGCGGCUGUCUGUAUUCUUGAGACACACGAUACUACUGUAUCAGACAAAGUACGAGGAUUGGUGAGGAUGGUGCAGGUAUCUCCUACAUUAACGUUGGUAGAUUUGACGAUUCGAGGACUGCAAGAGGGGUCAUAUUGGGCUACUGUUAGAGAAGCGGGGGAUAUUUCCAAUGGAGCAAUCUCUACGGCGGGUCUAUGGAAGGGGGGUAGUGAAGGUUCGCCGAGAGGUGCCUUUGGUACUGUGAGUGUGGGGAAGGAUGGAAUGGGAAGUGUCUUUUUGGACAAGCCAAUCCAGAUAUGGGAAAUGAUUGGAAGGGGAAUGGUAGUAUCGAAACAACAUGAGGGAGACAAGAAGUUUGAGAAGAAUGAUGAGAACACUCUCGUGGGAGUAAUCGCACGAAGUGCUGGUGUAUGGGAUAAUGAUAAGACAGUCUGUUCUUGCUCAGGAAAGACAUUGUGGGAGGAAAGGAAAGAUGAGGUCAGCAAGGGUAUGCUCUGAUCAUAUAUCAGAUGAUCGUACAAGAAAUGGAACGAUGGCAUGGUACGAUACGUACGCCCAAGAAGCUUAUCAUCUGCCACCCGCACCUUUUACAUAUCUGUCCGUACUUUCCGUCUGAGAAAGAGCUGUGAUUGAUCAGAGAAUCUCAAAGAAGCAAUUCAGAGGAAGAGAGCAGGGAAUGUUGGAGUGUUCGAUGAGGCUACCAGAGUCUACAUCAAACCUUAAGGAUGAGUAUUAUGAAGAUUAAGCUUCUCUUGUCAAACGUUAAGCCCAAAUGCGUUUCAAAUCUGUCAUAUAUCGGGUAAUGAUUUCACUAUUCA